AGUCCCCACCUCCCGACCCCUCCUCCUCCCGCUGGAAGGGGAAAUAUGAAGCGGAGCCGCCGCCGCGCUUCGUGGAUACGGGUGAGGACGCGGCGAGCGGAGCCCGAACUCAGGAGCGAGGGACGGCUUCCCGAAGGAGAGGCGGUGCGCCCCGGCCGCGCUGCCGCCCCGCCAGCCGCCCGCCCCCUAGCGCCGGCCAUGGGCUGCCCGGCCCGGCGCUGAGCGCGGCACGGCCCGCUGUGCGUGGUGGCGGCCCCGGCACGGAGCGCGGAGAUGUCCGUCCCGUACGGCAGCCUGAUGCGGUACCUGUUCCCGGCCCUGCUGCUGCACGGGCUGGGAGAAGGCUCUGCUCUUCUUCAUCCGGACAGCAGGUCCCACCCCCGCUCCUUGGAGAAGAGUGCAUGGAGGGCUUUCAAGGAGUCACAGUGUCAUCACAUGCUGAAACACCUCCACAAUGGGGCCCGCAUCACUGUGCAAAUGCCUCCCAAUAUAGAGGGACACUGGGUCUCUACCGGCUGUGAAGUCAGAGCAGGCCCAGAGUUCAUCACAAGAUCUUAUAGAUUCUAUCACAAUAAUACAUUUAAAGCCUAUCAGUUUUACUAUGGUGGCAAUCGCUGCACUAACCCUAUCUACACAUUAGUUAUACGUGGCAAAAUUCGUCUCCGCCAAGCAUCCUGGAUCAUCCGAGGGGGUACUGAAGCUGAUUAUCAGCUACGCAACAUACAGAUCAUAAGCCACAAUGAAGCAGUAGCCAAAAAAUUAAGUGAGUUGGUCAACAAUACAUGUCCUGGAUUUAUACCAGAAGAUAGUCCCUGGGAACAGGAUGUGAGCUAUGAUUUGCUCAGAGAAGAGAAUGGCUGUGAAUGCACCAAGGCUCUGAAUUUUGCCAUGCAUGAACUCCAGCUGAUCCGCGUGGAGAAGCAGUAUCUGCAUCACAAUUUAGAUCACCUCGUGGAGGAGCUAUUUCUUGGAGAUAUUCACACUGAUGCAACCCAGAGGAGGUAUUACCGACCUUCCAGUUACCAACCUCCUCUUCAAAAUGCUAAGAACCAUGACCGCACGUGCAUUGCGUGCAGAAUCAUCUACCGCUCAGAUGAGCACCACCCACCCAUCCUGCCCCCCAAGGCAGACCUGACCAUCGGGCUGCAUGGCGAGUGGGUGAGCCAGCGCUGUGAGGUGCGGCCGGAGGUCCUCUUCCUCACGCGGCACUUCAUCUUCCAUGACAACAACAACACCUGGGAGGGCCACUACUACCACUACUCAGACCCCAUCUGCAAGCAUCCCACCUUCACCAUCUAUGCCAAAGGCCGCUACAGCCGAGGAGUGCACUCGGCCAAAGUGAUGGGCGGAACGGAGUUUGUCUUCAAAGUGAACCACAUGAAGGUCACACCGAUGGACGUGUCCACAGCCUCUCUGCUCAACGUCUUCAAUGGGAAUGAGUGCGGAGCGCAGGGCUCCUGGCAAGUCGGGGUGCAGCAAGACGUCACCCACACCAACGGCUGCAUCGCGCUUGGCAUCCGCCUGCCUCACACCGAGUAUGAAAUCUUCAAGAUGGAGCAGGAUGCCAGGGGCAGGUAUUUGCUGUACAAUGGCCAGCGACCCAGCGAUGGGUCCAGCCCUGACCGACCGGAAAAGAGAGCCACGUCCUACCAGAUGCCUUUAAUUCAGUGCGCUUCAUCCGUACCCAGAUCUGAAGAGUCACCAGAGGAGAAUAAAAUACGGCUGUAUAGCAGCGGGGGACCAGCAAAACAUCCCAGUGCCUCAAUUCUUGCUUUGGUGUUGUUUAUUUGUACUGUGUCAUAUUGGGACAUUCUCAGCUAGAAGUGAAAAAACUAUUUUUCAUGACUACAAAGCCAGGAUUCCACAGACUGAGGGUUGUUUUUCUUCAGAAAGAAAGGGACGUUUAUUUUCUUGAUGCACUUGAAUGCCUGAGAACUGUUGUUCUUUUCCUUAUUUCCCCCCCUCCCUGAAUCACGAACAGCACUCGUUUGAUGUUUGUGCUUUGAACUUCAUCCAGUCUGAUCCCUGGCCUGACAUGACUGCACAAAAGUAAUUGCACUUUAGGACUGCAGACUUCUGGGGGGCGGGAGGGGGUCUCCUUUUAUUUUUUAUUUUUUUAACUGCUGGGGUGAACGUUGUGAUCUUGCUUCAUUGUCUCUGCCAUUUUACCAUUGUGGUACUGCUCUGCCCAACGCUCAGUUUCUCAUCAGAAUUUAACUCCAUGGAACAAAUCAGUGACAGCAGUUUCCUCUUGGCUUCAGGAUUCUGGCAGAGAUGUGUAUAUAGGAUGGAAACCCACACAGAUUUACCUGGUCAUGAUCUCACAGCACAGCACAGAAAGAAAGAGCAAGUCAACAGCCCUCCACUGAGACAAUGCUAAAUGGUCGAUAUCUCCAAUUAAAAGAUAUUUUAAGUAAUUUAAAUUGUUUUACAGUCAUCAAAUUGUAAAAAUAACCAGUAGUUUAAUAUUUUCUCAUUCAAUUUCGGUAGCUGCAUAAUUGCUUCAACACUUUCUUAUGUAUCUAGCGAGUGGUUAGAACCAAGUCCCCUUAAAGCCAGACAGGAGCAGCAUUUUUUCUGUCAGAUAUACACAGCACAGGUAAGUUGCUGAUGAAAGUCUUCAAUGACGUGUUCUGUUGCCAUAUUCAUGAGGCCUUAUAUACCCCAUGCACAGUGUUUGUGUCUUGGGUGCUGUAUCAACCAGGUGGGUGAAUGAAAGCAGCAGAUCUAAUGACAUGCAGCCCUACUUAGCCACCUGGUUUCAGUGAUGUAAGUGGUCUUUUUAGGAACAAGUGAUGGAAACUCAGCAGCUCAGCAGCAAGCCCACCAUGAGCUCCAGUACUGCUGCUACUUUAAAGAGCAAGAACGCAGCAGGAAGCAGGCCCUCAUGGUCUGAUGGAUGAGACCGGCCCUGCCUACCAGAGCCAUGAGCAGGAGUUGCACAACGCCGUGGCCUCCCCGCUUUUCUCCUUGCUAGGCAGUCCCAACAUGCACUGUGGUUUCACCAAGCUUGAACCCACAUUGAUUUGAGCAGUCGCUGCUGGCAGAGUUGAAUAGGCAGAGCCCUCAGAUGAUGUGUUCCAUCAGCAGCAGCUUGCCCUGAAACCCACAGAUUUCCCAUGGUCAGUACAUCCUUAUAUACAUACUUAUAUGUAUAUACAUAUACACAUACUUAUAUGUAUAUACAUUACAUGAGUGAAAGCAGAGAGGGUGAGGGAGGUGUUCAGGGCCAGCAAGGAGGUACAGUUCAUGGAUGAACCACGAUCCCCAUAUUAAUGGGGAGUAACUGAGGACAUGGCUCAGCCUUGAGGCAUUUACUGAUAUGCAUGAGUAUGCUGGCUCCCAGAAGGAACUGUGAGAGAAGUACAGGGAGUGAGGUCACAGCUCCCAGCUGCCCAGUCCUGUGCUACAGGAGAAAGAACCUUCUAAGAGGUCAUCCCCAGAGUCAUAGGAAAAGUUCAUCCUGAAUAAAGCUUUCAGCUUUACGUAGGUGAGUCUCCAUACUGUAUGCUAGAGCAAAAGCAUGCUUUGGAAACAAUGAUAAAUGGGUUUUCCUUGCCGAACAAGCAGGAAAAAGCCAUCUAGGCAGCAGAUGGCCAUACUCAGGCUCUCUGCCUCCUCACAGCGCGUGCCUUCUGCACAGUUUGUUCCAAGCUGGCGUCAGCCUUUGGCAGGGAUUUCCACAGAGUGGGAACAAAAUCCGCUCACCCACUUUUGAGGCAGCAUGAGGAGGCACAACCACAGGCUCUCGCUGCCAGAUCAGUCACAUCUUUCACGCUUGUUCUCAGGCAUGAAAAACUGAAGAAAGCCCACGAAAGCUCGAGUCAGAAUCGGAGGCUAGGAUGACUCAGCAGUGCUCAUCCACACACCUGAUACCAGAUUCUCCUUCAGCCUGACAGAAGGAGCUGAAAGCCAGCUCACUAUGGCAAGUCAAGCCCCAAGAAACAGAAGGGAGCUUGGUUUUCUCAAGCUAGACUUUGUUUUUAUAGUCAGCAGAUAUCCACCAGCACAUCUCCAGAUGAGUUAUUGAGCUAUUUCAAGAUCCCAGACACAUCUCUUCAAACAGUGGCUUAGCUUCUCAUUUCUGUUUAAGACUUAGCUCCGUGAGCGAGCUCCUGUUAGCUCUUACAUGUAAAGAUGUGCCUGGUGUGGCAUUCCUUUGACCACAUGAGACAAGCUUCUUUCACCACUAACCAGGUAGUUAGUGGUGAAGUUGGUAGUUAGGUAGUCUCAUCUCUGGAAAAUACAAAUAUCUGAGAGCUGUUAAACCCUGAUCCUUCCCUAUGUACCAGCCACACAGCUGAGUCCUGGCUGAAACCCACUCAUCCCAGUAAAGCAGGCCUGAACCCAAUGCCAAGGAGUCACCCCAUAACACGAUGUUCUGUAGUCACCAGGGCAUUGGGCCACAGCUGAUUACUGCUUUAAUUGCUUUAUGUCAGGAGUCUUACAACAGUCUCAAGAGAACUUCAAGCUCAAAGGUAGAUUUAGGUUAGAUACAAGGAAAAGAUAUUUUGCAGUGAGGGUGGUGAGGCACUGGAACAGGUUGCCCAGUGA